AUGUGCCACUUUCGGGUCUCCUCACACUGCUGCCAGGUCCAUACUGAUUCAUGGUCCCCUGCCUCUGUAUGGCCUUCAAUUUAAGCUGCUUACGCUUCGCCACUCUGCCAUGGGCCCCUGUACCGCCUCCUCUUGCUGCUGCUGCCAGGUCCAGAGUGUGUCAUGGGUCCCUGUACGGCCUCCCAUUGCUGCUGACUUCAUCGCCAGACUCUGCCAUGUGCCACUUUCAGGUCUCCUUACACUGUUGGUGGGUUCCAUUUUGUGAUAGGGUGCUGUAUGGCCUUCCAUUGCUGCUGCCUCCACCGCCACCCUGCGCCAUGUGCCUC